AUGAAAUUAUUGCCUACUGAGGAUCCGCCUUUUAAUAAUAAAACAUCUCUCAAAAUGUUGGAAGAUAUCACAGCCAAAGUAUGGAGAAUUUUACCUGUGAUUGAUAUACCUCGAAAUUGGGUCCUCACUUAUUGUAUGAUGAGGACAGAAAUUGCUGAAGAAAUCGAAAAAGCAGCUAUGCAGUGUCAACGCGAUGGAACUGGUUGGGACUGCACGUUCAUUGAAUUGGGCGGAGGACAUGACGAGUUUAACAUGGGAAAGGUAGUUUCCCCUUUUAAUAAUAUUUCAAAUCGAGAAUUAAAGACGAAAUUACUUCGUGCAGCUGAAAAUUGCAGCAAACUUUGGCGACGGUACAAACGAAUUCAAGAUAGAAGAUUAAGUCGUAUGGGGUUAAACAUUCACAUCAAAAAUAGAACAAGGAGAUCGUCUAAAAAGAGUAGAAAUAGACAAAAAUCAAUAAUGAAUAAGAAUUUAAUGAAGAAAAAUGGUGAUCAUAAUGAGAAAAUGAAGAAGGCAAGACAUACUAUCAAAAAGAUAAAAACAGUUCGUCGGAAGUUAGCAUAUAAAAUUACGAAACUUGAGAAUAAAAAGUUCUUAAGCUCUGAAGAAAAAUCGGAGCCAGGCAGAUUGCAUUUAACAGUGCCAGCGAAAUCUGGUAUUGGUUUACAAUACCCUUUGGUAGAAGAACAAGCGGAAUUAUCUCGUCUUCAAGAUAUUGGAUCUUGUUUAUCACGACAAGCUGCAAAAGCUUGCGAAUCCGUUGUUCUUAACGCGAUACAAGGACUGAUAUGA